AUGAAACGUGCAAGACAAUCAGCUGCUCAAGAUGCGGAACCCAUUGAGGAACAUGAUAGCGGAUUUGUGGGACCUAUGGAAUUAUUUAAUAAUUUCCCACAUAAUGACACAUUCGCAGAAACACGUACGCUGGAAUUACUACCCAAUCCUAACACCGAUAAUGCCGAAAUUUAUACAUUUAUGCAUAAUCGACAAGAUUACGGUGUGUUAGAUUUGGUCGAUGCUAAAAUAUCUGCAAAUUUAAGUAUUAAGUUGGCAAAUGGUAACGCACCGGCUGACGAUCUUAACGUGGCCGUUAACCAAGCACCGUUACGUUACGGUUGGAAAACAAAAGCUGUGUAUUUAAAUAAUCAAUUAAUCACACCACAAUCCAGCAAAGAAAAUGAAUUGGAAAAUAUACAUGAUUUUCUAACAACCGUUCCUUCAGAAUAUCUCGAUGAUAAAGAGAUUACUAUGAUGAUUCGUGAUACACCCGGUGUGAUGGAUAAUGUGACAAAUCUACAUCAUGAUACGGAUGCCACGGGCAAUGUAAAUCUUGGUGCGCGAGAAAGAUAUGUAUUGUUAAGUAGAGCUUUGGUUUAUCGUUGUAUUGAUAAAAUCGACAUGUUGGGGCGUGUAAAACGUUAUGUGCCAACAUCGUUUGAUAUCAAAGUGGUUUUAACAAGAUUAGAGCAUACAAAAGUUUUUUAUGGUACGGCUGCAAGUUGUGCAACUGUGGGUUUAAGAAUGAAUGAUUUAAAAUUAAUAAUGCCGAUUUUAAAACCCAACGCUCAAUUAAGCGCCGCCAUUAAUUCUUUGAGGAUUCAAAAAGGUGAAGAAUGUCGUUUUUAUAAAAUCACACAUCGUCAUGUUGCACUACCCAUAUUGGUUGGCUCCCGACACAUUACACACAAAGAUAUUUUCAAUGGAGCAAGACCCACACGUCUCAUCACAAAAAUUGUGUCGCAAGCACGUUACAACGGAUCGUAUAUAUUAUCCCCCUAUAAAUGUCCGUUUCCGAAUUUCGUGCGUUUUGCAGUUAGCAUCAACGAAGCUGAAAUACCGCCGGUAAUUAGCGAUGCAAAAGAGGCGUAUAUUAAUUUACGUCAAUCUUUAGAUCGACGUCAUAGCGAAAUGCCAUGUACAUAUUCCGAAUAUGUAUCCGAUUUUGGAAUGAUUGUAACCGACUUAUCACCAAAUCGCGAUGGUUUUUCACAAGUUUUACCUAAUUCAACAAGUGGGAAUUUGGGCAUAAAGAUUGAUUUUCGUGUGGAUACCACAGUAGCGCAACAACUGAUUUGUGUUGGUGAAUUUAGAAAUCAAAUGAGCGUGGGUUAUGGUACACAAGCACGUUUAAAAUAUCAAGUGUAA